AUAAACUUCUCUUGUCUAUGAUACAUACACACUAACCUAAAAAAUAUAUUUCACUGUGCAAAAUCUUGAUAAUCUAAAUAAUUUUCAAAAAUGGAUAAAAUGGAAACCAGUGAUUCUUCUAGUUCCGAAAGUGAUGAAAACGAAAACGAACUGGAAGGUCGAGCUGAAGAACUUGAAAGACAACUUGCAGACAACAAAUAUUUAUACGAUGUACAUGUAGAAUUAGUGAAUUUAUAUCGUCAAAUAGGAGAUUUAAAAUCUAUGCGUGCUGCUUAUGAGAGAUUUUAUGAAUUGUUUCCUUUAACACCAGAACUUUGGUUAACAUGGUUAAAAAUAGAAAUGGAACUUGCUAUUAGUCCUGAAGAUAAAAAGAAUGUGCUUGGUCUAUUUGAGAAAGCAGUUGAAGAUUAUUUCAAUCAAUUUGUGGUUGGAAUAUGCUCAAUUUUCCAUGGGGGUAUUGGAAUCUGAUGAAGUAAGGAUAAUCAUAAAUAAAGGAUUGUCAG